AUGUUAGGAAAUUUUGGAAAAAAUAUUCGAACAUAUAAAAGAUUUUAUUACCCAACAUUAUAUAGAAAUAGUUUUUCAUCUUCAUCACCAAAACAACCAUCUCAACAACCAUCUCAACAACCAUCUCAACAACCAUCUCAACAACCAUCUCAACAACCAUCUCAACAACCACCAACUCAUAACUAUCGUCAUAAUUAUUUUAGUGAUGUUCAAAAUUAUAAAUCAUAUGAAGAUGAAGAUAAUAUUUUAGUAAAAAGUAACAAUGACAAUAACAACAAUAAAAAGAAUGAUUAUCACCCUGAAGGUCAACAACAAUUGACAAAUCAACUUGGUUUUAUUGGAUCAUUAAAGAGUCAAAUGGAAAAAUUAACAAAGAUCACAAAGAAUGGUUUAAUAACACUUUGGAAUGAUAGAUCAUUUUAUGUAGAUGUUUUAUUACCAAAAGCUGGUGCAUUAAAUGAAUCUUUCACUAAGAGAAUAUUGCCAACUUUUCCAAUUCAUAAUCAAGAUUCAUUCCGUUAUUUAACUUUUCAUGAAAGAAAAUCAAUAAUUUCAUAUAGAAUGGAUAGAUUAUCAAUGAUACCAUUAUCAAUAUUUUUAUCAAUACCAUUUUCAACAUUUGGAUUACCAUUUUAUAUAAAAUUUUUACCUGGAUUAUUACCAAGAGGAUUUAGUGAGAGAUCACAAGUUUUAUCAAGACAUCAUAAAAUCACAUCAUUAAGAAGACAUAUUAUAGAUAAAAUAAUUAAAAAAUAUGGGUUAGAAGAUGAUAUCAAUAGUUUUGCAUUUAAAUCUAUUAAUGAUAUAACACCAUUAAAGUUAAAACCACUUCAAUAUAAAUUGGAUUUUAAUCUUGAAGAAAUGAAAAGACCAAAAUUAAAAAAAUAUUGUAGAGUUUUAGGUCAAACAACUUUAUUUGACUCUAGAUCAACUUUAAUUGAAAAGAUUUUAAAUUCUGGUAAUUAUAUUUUACAAGAGAAUGAAGCAAUUGUUAAAGAAAUUAAUGAUUUAACAUUUGAAGAUUUUCAAGAUUUAUUAUAUUCAAGAUCAUUGGAAUAUCAAGGUUUAAAUUAUUAUGAAAUGAAAACUAAAUUUUUAAAUUAUGUAUCAUUAUUAAAAUCAAUUUCUUUAAUUGAAGAUGGUGAAAAAGAUUUAACUUUAAAUCCAAAUACAACUUUAUCAAAUAGACAUCAAAGUCAUUUUUAUAAACAAUAUUUAAUUUUAAAGAUGAUUUUAAUUCAUUAUAAACUUUAG